AGCAUCGUAACGCGUAUCCUCGAAAAUUUUCCAUGUGAAUAUUUUUGUUUUUCAAAAUAUUUAAUUUCUGACGUAAUUUUAAUAAUGUGAGCCCGACCCGAUACUUGCACUCCAGAAUGACAGAAUUAAAAUGACAUUAAAAACUGUUUUAAAAAAUUUUCUCAACUAUGCAGACACUCUGGAAGCGCAAAAGAAAUUGGGCAAGGAUCUGUAUGAAAUUGAUUUCCAGAAACUGAAGGCUUUGACUGAAGAACUGAAACAUGAUGAAGACUACAGCACAUCAGAGGGUCUCAAGGAAGUCAACCGAAGGAAAAACAGAUACAAGGACAUUCUUCCCUACAACUACACAAGAGUCAUUUUGUCAGAGUAUCCGGGUGUACCGGGGUCUGAUUUCAUCAAUGCAAACUAUAUUAAGGGAGCAAGUGGGUCUCUGGCCUACAUCGCCUCCCAGGGACCUCUGCCAAAUACAGUGGUGGACUUUUGGAGGAUGAUUUGGGAAUGUGAGAUACAGGUUAUUGUCAUGGCCUGCAAUGAGCGGGAAUCUGGAAAGUAUAAAUGUGAAUGUUACUGGCCCACAGAUGAAGAGAAGAAACAAUAUGGAAACAUUAGUGUGGAGUUUGUAAAGUGGCGCCAGGUGUGCCCAGAUUUCUUGGUACGCACCUUGCGUGCUCGAUGGGAAGGGGAGGAGCGUGUUCUGUGUCAAUUUCAUUACACAACCUGGCCGGACCACGGAGUACCACGUUCUGUCCAACCUAUUCUAGAACUGGUACGCCUGAUGAGAGACUGUCAAGCCUCUGAGGCCGUUCCUAUCCUAGUGCACUGCAGUGCUGGUUGUGGUCGCACCGGAACCAUCUGUGCCAUUGAUUUUGUUUGGGGUCUCAUGAGGAUGGGGAAAUUGACCAAGCAUUUCAACUUGUUUAAUGUGAUUGCAGACAUGCGAAGACAGAGGAUUGCAAUGGUCCAGACAAAGGAACAAUAUGUCCUGGUGCACAAAGCUGUGUCAUCCCUAUUCGAACAGCAGCUGAGGGUCAUUGACAGUCAUACAUAUGAGAACUUGGAUGAAGAUGGAGAGCCACUUAUCCUCCGAGAGCUAAAUCACAAGGAAGAAGAUAUUUAUGAAGACAUAUUAGAACCAAUUGAGAUUGAAGAAACGUUUAUCUCUGAAGAUAAAGUUGGUAAAAAACUGCAUUCUCUGAAAGCCUUCAAUGAAUUUCCAUCGGGGAAUAGAGAAACACCUCAAGUCAAUUUACUUCAAGACUUCCAUCCAGAAACUUCCUCCUUUCACACUGAGAAGCCUGCUCUCCUGCGGGAUUGCGAUAGAUCUGUCACUGCCAUUGAACCAACAACCCGACAUGAUGAAGGAAAUUUGGCAAAUGAACAAGAUUUGGAAAAUAAUAUAAAAGAUGACAAUGACCCUCCUUAUUCCAGAAAUUCCAAAAUCCUCUUGAAACUGUGCCGAGAAGAGAGCGUCAAGAGACUUAUAUCUGGCUGGAACAAAGCAGCAGAGAAGGUAGAAGACAUAAAAUCAAAGGAAUCUUACAGUGAGGGGGAAGCUUUCUCAAAACCUGCUGAUAAAAAACAUUCCGAUUCCCUAAGGCCUGAUGGAGAGAGUAACAACUUUGUUGGAACUCUUGGAUCUGGUGAGCAUUCCACUACAGUAUAUCAGCAAACUCAAUUCAUUUCUGAAAUGCCCUCAAAAAACAGCUCUCCUGAUGACCUACACGGAGGAAAGCUGGUAGGAAAGGCAACUGUUAUUAGGCGACCCAGCAUCGCAAAACUCAAAGCCCUUUUCGAAAAAAACCCUCAGAGCAGCACAGACACUCCAGACUCCGGAAAACAACGACGACCGCUCUUUCGCAGUCACAGUCAUUAUAUUGGCCAUUCCGGGCGCACGUUCACCAUCUCCGACGACACUGAGCAAGGCACUGAUAUGAGCCACGAGAGUAGAUCUGGGUCACAGAGCAAAGAAGGAAAUUAUGCCAAUUUGAGUUCAUCUAAGCCUGUUAAAAAUAUGGAGUCAAACUACACGUCUAUGAAAUUAAAGCUUAAGCAAAGUAAUUCUGCAGAUACCAAAAGAGAAAAACCACCAGAACUGCCAGUGAAGAAAAAACCAGCCCCCACAGUCCCUACAACAGUCUCAAAUGUUUCAGAUAAAGUAUCUCCUGAAACAGUUGUGCCAAGAUUUCAUGUAAAUAUUUCAAAAGAAAAUCAAUCUGUGUUGCAUUCUACAAACAAAGACUUUGUACAGCAUGAGAUUUCUUCUGGUAAAAGUGGUAAUGAUGCUGAAAAGUCAAAAAUAGUUAGAAAUUCCAUAAAUAUAGUAUCUAGUCAAGAAAGAAAAUCUUCAGAUCUUUUCAAAGAGAGUAGAAGACAUUCUCAAGAUGUGGAAAAACUCACUCUACAUAAAAUGCAGUCUUUUUCAGAUCCAGAACAAAGUACUGGAAGAUGUGGGGAUGUCACUAAACAACUUAUCAAGCCAAAAUUGAGCUUGACUGAUCAAACUCACCCCAAACUACCUUUUGCACAGACUGAGAAAGCAAAUAGUGAAGACAAGUUAUCUUAUCUACAUGAAACAACAUACAUGAAUAUCAAUUCUCUGGCACAAAAAAAUAUUCGACAGAUUGAGGACAAAUUGAAAUGUCAUCCUCGUGGUGCCAUCAUAGAUCUCACCUCCAGGAAAUCCUAUAUCGAUGAGACAGUCUCCAAUCCUGAUAAGCAACAUGUCUUCAGAAAUACAGUGGAACCAGUUAAAUUUGUGCAAAGGCUAGAAUCUCGUGAUUUAACUUCCAUGAAAAAGGAACAGGCCGAAUCCACAUCGAAAGAGUUGAUUAAGAGCCCGAAGGAUAAACAAGCUACCAGCAAGAGCGAAAGUAGUAAACACGAAUCUGAUGAUCUGGAUGCUAAAAAUUUGCUUCUACAUAGUCCACCUCCCAAAUCUAAACGAGGACAUGUGGCAAAGCCUCAUCCAAAGCUAUCCUCCACUCCAACUGCUGAUGUAUCUUCUAGUGAUGUAGUAUCCACCAGUUCCAAACAGACUUCUGGAGAAUCUGAUCAAAACAAACAUACAAUGCCUAAAUCACCUCUAAACCUGGUGAAUAGUAACUUGAAUCAGGGAUUUGGGAAUUCUGCCAUCAAGAGUCCUGCUGCAGACCGAUCAGACCCAAGGUAUUUUCCUGUUAAUCGUCAAACUGCUGUCGAUGCUAAAUAUGAAUCAGAAAAACACAAAGCCAUAAAUCGAAAUCCACCCACCGUAAAUGUGGCAAAUAUUUAUGAAUCUCAUUUUUUCCCCAAAUCACAAGGAUCCAUUUAUCAUAAGUUGCCUGUUGCCUAUGACAAAUACACCGAAAAUUUCGACAAAGCCACUUCUCAGGCUGCUGCAAAGGACAAGAAGUACUUUGUUCAAAAUGAGCCACUGUAUGGCUUGCAGAGGUCUACCUCUGGUCCCCAAAUCAUUCCCUCGUCAUCAGAUAUCCCAAAAGCUGGAUCAGAGCUAAAUAGAACAUUUCCUGCGUAUGGUCAAGUUGGCAAGGAUACCAGAAAAAAUGAGCCCUCUUCCCUUCUUGAAUCACGCCUUGUUCCUCAGAAUUCCUCUCCCGGUCUGUAUGGUGUGGUCGGUCACCAGAAUGCAUUUCCCCCCGGACCUCCCAAGCCUCCAAGGACAUACCAUUACGAUAUUAAAAACAACAAUCAAGACCAUAGCAUUCCUAGCGAACAAUACAAGAAUGACCAGAUUGCCAAUCGAGAUGGUGGUAGAUAUAUUGUAUCAAUUGCUUCUCCAAAGCACUCUGUACCUCAUCCUGGUAAUUCUGGUGAACUAUCGGACUCUAGACACACUGAUCGUUCUGAACACCAUGCCGUUGUCCGGGAAAACCGCCAUGUUGAAUCCCGCGUCCAGGAGCAGAAUCCCUCCACAGUUCAUCAUCAAAGUGCUUACACUUCACCUCUUCCUAAUGAAGUCCAUAUGUCCAGGUCGUAUCCAUUCACCAAUUACGACCGUCUUUAUUCUCACCCGAGACCCUAUGGAAAGCAGUUCUAUCCAGAAGCUAUAGGUUUCAGGAAUGUCCAACCCGUUCAAAACGGAAUCUAUGGGACUGUGAAGGAAAAGCCUCGGUAUGGCCCAUAUACUGGACAGCGGACCACGUAUGCAGAUUAUGAAAAUAUAUAUGAUGCUCAAAGAGAUUAUAUGCAUGCUAUGAACAAAGAACACCAGAAUAUGUAUCAAAGUAUUUAUUCAAAUCCGGCAGCUAUACACAAAUAUUCUAAAUCUGAUGGUGGGACUUAUGGCACCACGAGAGCUGUUAGCGGUCCGUUUGCUAGGGAUUCAGAAUACCGAAGUGCUGACGAUGGUGUUCCAAAGCGUGUAUACUUUGACACCCUCCAACGGAGACACAAGCAGCAUGUAUCUUGGGAACAGAGGCGAUCUCAUGAUGAUAUGGACAUUCGACCUGCUCCCUCAGCACGGCUCAAGGAACAGAUACAUGCUCGCAGAAGCAUGGUUGAACUUGAUAAUCUGGAAAUCAGUGUGGCUUCUAAAGAUGGAUUUCCAGAGGAAAAUGUCUCCGGAGCUACCUCGGGUCGAGCCGAAAAAGGAACGUCUCUUGAAGGGGGUCCAUUCUCCAAAGUGCCGAAGAUGAAUCCGGGAGACAGUGCUGAAAGUGGAAAAGACCUCCACAAAAAAGCAGCUCCUCCUGGCAGAGAGCCAGCAAGCUUUGGCGAGACACUGUCUAAGGCGUUUGGAAGACUAACGUCUCUGACUAAGUUCAAUACAAAGGAUGCUCAAACAAGUAGUUCUAGUUCAAGUGAAAGUUUUGUUCAUAUUCCCAAAGGGAGCACGAAGCAGAAGGAACGUCGCUCGACGCCACCAGACAGUUCGAAAGAAUCUCCCUCCGAGCAGUGGACCCAGGUGUAG